CUUAACCCUUCUUAUAAGUAAAGUCAUCUAACCCUUUAUUUGAUACUGAAGUUUCUAUUCAUAUGAUAGGAUGAGAAAUGCAUGGAAAUGUGAUAUUGCUGUAUAUUUUGACUCAAAAAUCACCCCUUGGACUGGAGCUAGACCCAAAAUAAACCUGCUUUGCAAACGGAAACCAACAAAGUCUGACUUUAACCCUUUUUCUUGCACAUUACGUUAUCUAACCCUUUAUUUCAUAUUGAAGUUUUUGCACACAUGAUAGCAUGAAAAAUGCAAUGAAAUGUGAUAUUGCUUCGUUCCAUAAUUUGAUUAAAUGUGAUAUUACUUUAUUUUAAAACGAAGGAACCAUAAGAAAAUGCCCACCAUAUCAUUGAUUAAUCAAACAAAGCCUCUUGCCUUCCCCAAUGGCAGAACCAUAAGUCAUACACUGAGUUUCCUUUUUUCUCAACAUUGAUCAUACAGACCUUUCCGACCCUUAUAAAAGCCUCCUUCAUCUCUCAAUUAAACCUCGUCUUUCUCAUUUACACUCCAAUCCUUAAUCUUAAAAAUUCAUCUAAUUCCAAACAAAACCUCAAAUUCCCAUAUCUCCUCCGCAAUUCCGACAAAACAAUUCUCAAUGGCAUCCGACAACACCACCUCCACUCCCGGAUACGGAUCUGUUUCCACUACCACCAGUGUCAAUGUUGACACCGAACCCCGCAGAAUUGCACUGAUCACUGGCAUAACCGGUCAAGACGGUUCAUACCUGACUGAAUUCCUCCUCAACAAAGGCUAUGAGGUUCACGGCUUGAUCCGUAGAUCAUCAAACUUCAACACUCAGAGAAUAAACCAUAUCUACGUUGAUCCACACAAUACUCACAAGGCCAGAAUGAAGCUUCAUUAUGCUGAUCUAACCGACGCUUCUUCACUUCGUAGAUGGCUGGACAUUAUUGCCCCUGAUGAAGUCUACAAUCUUGCUGCUCAAUCCCACAUGGCGGUGUCCUUCGAGAUUCCCGAUUACACUGCUGACGUGGUUGCCACUGGCACUCUGCGGUUACUCGAAGCUGUUAGAUCUCAUAUCGAUGCUACUGGGCGAAAGCAAAUUCGGUAUUACCAGGCAGGAUCAUCGGAAAUGUUUGGAUCUACUCCGCCACCGCAGGCAGAGGGUACUCCAUUUCAUCCCAGAUCUCCAUAUGCUGCCUCCAAAUGCGCUGGCCAUUGGUACACUGUGAACUACAGGGAGGCGUACGGGCUGUACGCAUGUAACGGGAUACUGUUUAACCAUGAGUCACCGCGACGAGGGGAGAACUUUGUAACGAGGAAGAUAACCAGAGCUGUCGGGAGGAUUAAAAUUGGGCUUCAAAGUAAGUUGUUCUUAGGUAAUUUGAGUGCUUCGCGGGACUGGGGUUUUGCCGGGGAUUAUGUGGAGGCAAUGUGGAUGAUGCUACAGCAAGAGAAAGCUGAUGAUUAUGUGGUGGCGACAGAGGAAUCUCAUACUGUAGAGGAGUUUCUUGAGGUGGCGUUUGGGUAUGUUGGAUUGAAGUGGAAGGACCAUGUGGUGAUUGAUAAGAGGUAUUUUAGACCGGCUGAGGUUGAUAAUUUGAAAGGCGAUUCGAGUAAGGCUAGGAAAGUUCUUGGGUGGAAACCUAAAGUUGGGUUUGAGCAGUUGGUUAAAAUGAUGGUUGAUGAAGAUGUUGAGAUAGCUAAGAGGGAGAAGGUUCUUGUUGAUGCUGGUUUCAUGGAUGCUCAGUAACAACCUUGAUUGAAAUGAAUUGAUUAUGAUUUAUCCCAGUUUCAUACGGGUUUCAUACAGGUUUUCUAUAAUUUAUCUUUGUUGUUUCAUUUUCUGAUUUAAAUUUCAAGUGCGUUUCAUUUUCUGACUUAAAUUUCAAGUGUAUUUCCUUUAUGUGGUUUAUUUGGAAUAAAAGUCAUGUAAUUCAGUAAA